GAUGUUGGUGAUCCUGGCUCCGUGGGGAGUGCCUCUGGGUUUAAUGGUGUCCUUGGUGUCUCUUCCAGUGCUGUGGUGAUGUUUCUGGUGGAGGAAGUCCAGAGGAAUAUUUUUGAUCAGCGAUGUGUAGAAAAUGAACUUUGGAACAGGAACAUUCGGGUCAUCAGGAGGCGCUUCAGGGACGUGUUUGAGCAGGGCUCUCUGGAUGAGGCCAGGAGGCUCUUCAUGGAUGGCCAGGAGGUAGCUGUGGUCUACUACAGGGAGGGCUACGUGCCAGAGAACUACAACGAGCAGAACUGGGAGGCACGGCUGCUGCUGGAGAGGUCGAGGGCAGUGAAGUGCCCCAACAUUGCCACCCAGCUGGCGGGCACCAAGAAGGUGCAGCAGGAGCUGAGCCGGCCCGGGACGCUGGAGAUGCUGCUGCCUGGCCAGGCCGAGGCCGUGGCUCGGAUCAGAGCCACCUUUGCUGGGCUCUACUCCCUGGACAUGGGGGAAGAGGGUGACAGGAUGGUUGCUGAGGCUGUUGCCGACCCAGACCGCUUCGUGCUGAAGCCGCAGCGAGAAGGUGGAGGGAACAACCUGUAUGGUGAGGAGCUUAGGCAGGUUCUGGAGAGGAUCAGAGACAGCCCUGAGAGAACCUCCUACAUCUUGAUGGAGAAGAUCAAGCCGCAGCCAGUGGUGAAUUACUUGCUGAGGGCUCACACCCCUGUUGAAGCCUCCAAGUGCAUCUCUGAGCUCGGGAUUUUUGGUGUCUAUGUCAGGCAGGGCGAGGAGCUGGUGAUGAACAGGGCUGCUGGGCACCUCCUGAGGACCAAGGCCAUCGAGCACGCCGACGGCGGGGUGGCCGCUGGGGUGGCCGUGCUGGACACCCCUUACUUGGUGUGA